GUGGAGCUGCCUUCUUCCUACUGACUCCAUUUCAGAUCUUGCAAGAGAUGUGGAAGUAUAGCACUACAAACUUCAGCAUGGAAGAUGCACGGAGUUUUGUUUUCAGAAGGUUGUGGAUAGAAGGAUAUGAAUGUGGAAGAAAAGAGAAAUUAUUUAGUGCAAUGUCUUGUGGUAUGGUGACUGCAUUAUUAAAAAGAAAAUUAAAACUGUAUUACAUAGAAAGACACUAAUAGCAGAGAUAAAACAGCUGUGUUCAGAAUUAAUGAGAUAAAACUCAUCUUUAAUUUGUCUGUGCUAAGAACCCUUUGGAUAUUUCUCAUCUGUUUUGUCCAUUUGCAUUAGGUCUUUAUGUGAAGUACUUCUGGACUCCAGGGCAAAACAGAAGUCUCAGUAUGAAACAUCUGUGAACUUUUCUUUCAGCAUCACAGGUUCUUUCCACAGAGCAUCACUCAAUCACUCAGAAACAGGAUGAAGUAUUGAUUGUUGCUGUGCUUUUCAAGUUAGUCAAGUGGCAAUAAAUGUCUGCAUUUACCACAUAUUGUACUUUCAUAUAUUCAGAAACUUUAUUUUUUCAUCUCUUCCAAGCAUCUGCAGCAGUUUGUUUUAGGCUCAGUCUGUUUUCCUGUGGGCUGAGUUCAUUCCCAUUGUCUGGCACUUGCUGCAGGUGAGGAUGUUUCACAGACAAAUGCUGCAUCUUGGCUGAACCAUAUCAACUCUCAAUGCCCUGGUAACUUCUGGCAGCUGAGUCCCAGCUUUCCAUGCAAAGCCUGGCUCAUGGCUGAGCAGGAGAUAGUGUGCAUGCUGCAUCUUGAGAACACUGCAAAGCAUUUUGAGUAGCUCUUUGCAUAAAGAAAACUCUGUGAAGCUGCUUCAUGAUGGACUCCAUUUCUAGACCAGUUACUGAGUUUUGCCUUGAUCUCUACAAAAAGCUCAACAGAAGUGCAGAGGACACAAAUAUUGUCUUCUCUCCAAUGAGCAUCUCUGUUGCCCUGGCCCUGAUCCAUCUUGGUGCAAAAAACAACACUGCUGCUCAGAUAGAAAAAGUGCUCCAUGUCAGGAAAGCUGGAGGAAGAAUGAGUCUUGGAUAUGAUCACGAGAGUGCAGCCGCAGAAAUGGAGCCAGAAGGAAGCCUGGAGAGUCAGCCUUCCUUCUCAGAGUGUAACAAGGAGGGAGACCUUAACCAUAAAGUGUUCCAGGAGCUGCUUUUACAACUACAAAACCUCAGUGACAAAUAUGUUUUAACCUUGGCCAACAACCUCUUUAUACAACAAGGAUUUGAACUCCAGCAGCAAUUUCUGAUGUGUAGCAAGGAACUGUAUGGAGCAAUGUUGGAAACAGUGAACUUUCAUGGUGCUGUUGAAGCUGCCAGAAGAAAAAUUAAUGCUUGGGUUGAAAGUGAGACACAAGGUAAAAUCAAGGAACUCUUUGCACCUGGUGUGAUUGAUGUACAUGCAUUGCUGGUGCUUGUGAAUGUAAUCUACUUCAAAGCAUCCUGGGAACACAAGUUUGAAGAAGAAAAAACUGUUCAGAGGGAUUUUAAACUGAAUCAGGGCAGAAAGAAACCUGUGCAGAUGAUGUAUCAGAAAGGAAAAUUUAAACUGGGCUAUCUUGAGGAGGUGGGUGCUCAGAUCCUUGAACUCCCUUAUGCCCAGAAGUCACUGAGCAUGAUCAUCCUGCUGCCAGGUGAUGUGGCUGAUGGUUCUGUCAGUGGGCUGGAGCAGGUUGAAAGCAGAAUCACCUAUGAAAAUUUAUUGCUGUGGGCCUCCUCAGAGAACAUGUUUGAGACAACAGUGGAGGUUUACCUGCCCCGAUUCAAGCUGGAAGCCACCUUUAACCUCAACGAGGUUUUGCAAGAGAUGGGGAUGACCGACAUCUUCACUGAAUCAAAAGUUGACCUGUCUGCAAUGACCUCUGCAAAAUCUCUGGUGCUGUCAAAUGUUGUCCACAAAGCCUAUGUGGAAGUCAAUGAGGAAGGCACCGAGGCAGCGGCUGGCACGGGAGCUUCCAUUGUGAGGAGGUCUCUGCCUCUCACAGAGGUGUUCAUGGCUAAUCAUCCUUUCUUGUUCUUUAUUAGACACAAUCCUACCAAUACUAUCGUUUUCUUUGGCAAACUCUGUUCACCUUAAAGCAGGGCCAUGUUCUAACACUGUGCGGAACACCUGGAUGAAAAGCAGAAAUUGUAUUUUUCUCCCAAAUGUUUUUUUAUUCCUUUGACAGCUAGUUUGUACUUCAAAAUAAUCACUGCAGACCGUUUUGUUUAGAAUCUAUGAAUUGGAUACUCUGCCACUAGGCUUCUUGAAUUGUAAAUAUUGAUCUGAAUCCAGAAUAUGAGUAAAUUUUACCUUAAGGUCACUGGAUAUGAAUAACAUUUUGUUUCCUUAAUGUGCGCAUGUGCUCAUGGUGACAAUAGGAUUGAGAUGGGGAAGGACCUCUGGAGAUCAUCUGGUCCACCUCCUCUGCAUGAGCAGGGCCAUCUACAGCUGGUUGCCCAAGACCAAGUCUUGGAUGCCUUUUGGGCAUCUCUGAAGAUGGAGACUCCACCACCUGUCUGGAAAAGCUCUCCUAAGUCUGAAAGAGAAUUUUGUAUGCACGGUGUCUGCAGGAAAAGGAUAAAAAAACCAUGUAAUCCUAAAAAUUAUUUACACAGUAUAUAAGGCUGUCUUUUAUGUGGGGAUAAAUCAAAUUAUUUAUCUCAAAGUCUCAAAGAAUAGGAAGGAAAUGGUCUAAAAGCAUCCCACUGAAGUUACUGAUAUGGAACGCUGUAGCAGUGAACUUCCAAGAAAUGUGUUUUGCUUUUUCUAUGAUGCUGUGUGGUGAAUUUAAAAGUUCUGAGAUGCAAAUCUGAGAAGACAGAUCUCUCUCCAUGCUUUGACAAAUGAGGAAAGGUUUUUUAAAGUGCAGUAUAGAUCAUGGAAAUCACAGUUAAACAUUACCUGGGACUGUUUGUGGGGAAAAAAAUUAAACUUUCCAGCUGGUAGGGAGACAUUACUGGUAGUUUACUGGUUUAACAUAAGUGAUGUCUUCCUCAGAGGAAUGAGGUUUAACAAAUUAACAUUUGUAAUGUGCUUUUAAAAUAUAUAUAUAAUGGAGAAUAAGAGAAUAACAUGUUUAAUGCACAGAAUUAUAUAUGGCUUCAGAAAGGAAUAGACAUGCUAAAAUAACGAUGUGUCUCUCCUAAAUAUAUCAUAGACUGGCUUUAAACUUGUACAUCCAAAAAAGCCUUCUGAAAGAAAUUCCCUCAUCCAAAAUUUGUACGCAUUUUGUUUUCUCCUUUUGUAGAUUUUCUAGCAGCUAGCAUUUUCCUUUGCUUGCUCUGCACUAUCUCGAUGUGGGCAAUUAAAUGCUUUGCCCAUGUUGAAAUUCAAGAGCAAGGUAGGAUGAGGUCUAAAUUCCUGGAUAACACCUAGUGAAUGGAUCCAAAACAUUGUGAAAACUGUUCAAAUAGGGCUCCUGAAAAAUUCCAUUACAAUGAGUCUUUUUUUGUUGUUCUGUUUUUCUUCAUCCAAAAUAGCACUUCUGUAGUGGAGAAAUUCAUGUGGCUCAGGAGGUGAAGGGCCUGUAUCCCAUAUCCUUGCUGGAAUUCAGGCCUGCAGCUCUCAAGAGAAUGCACCAAGUGCUCUCAGGCCCCAGGCUUUAGCAUAGGCUGCAGGGCAAAACUGCCCACCCUCCUUUUGAAGCCUUGCAUGAAGGAGUGCAGCUUAAAGGCACAAGUAGAGAAUUCCAGGACAGAUAACUUUGCAGUUCAAUAACUACAUUAGAGAUGACUUCUGGUUUCCAGGGUCUGGUGCCAUUCCUAUUUUAAUCCAGUAACAGAGGAAAAAAAUAUCUGUAUAUGGGUGUCUAUCCUAACUAGAAUGCUAUGGAAGAAUUUUUGUCUAUAUUUUUCUGAUAGCAUGAAUUUUUCUCCACUUUAUUAAUAUCUGCCUAGAAAAGAACACGGUGAAUGAAGUAGGUCAGCUGUGAGCUUCUUUUCAGCUCUUCAGAGAGUGCUGCUGUGCAGCUUUUCCAUCUGAAUCCUUGGGCAUGAAAUUUGAUAUUUUAAGUUAUGGGAUGGCGAGUCACAGCUUUUGUGUAAAAGCACUGCCACCUACACACCUCCAAGAUUAUUUUGCAAUCCUCCCUCACUUGAGUGCUACAGUUUGGAAACAGAGUCCUGCUUUUCCAUACACUUACUGACAGUUUUAAACAUGCUGGAAAAGCACUCCCAAAGGACCUCUCACAAAUCUUGAUGGAUGCCUUAUU